AUGAGACCCAGUUUGAAAGCUGUCCGCUUGUCAACCUUGCUGCGUAGUUUCGGCUUGUGUCCGGUCGAGAUCUCCAAACAGGAGUCGAAAUCUGCAAUUUCGUUCCUCAAGGCGGCGUACAGGGACAGAGCCAAGGAGCAGCAUCCUGAUCUAGCUCCCCGUGAUGAACAAGCUGAAGCUGAGAAAAAGUUUGUGAAGCUGAGCACAGAGUUCAACGAGGCUGUCAAGCUCCUUGAAGCAGGAGUUCAGCCUGUAGAGCGGGCACGAGUGGUCGACUUGAAUCCAGGUGCGCAAACUGGUGCUGCACAUGCGGCAUGGCACCCGCACUUCCAGUCUGCCGAUUGGCGGAACGUGAAUCGACAGUUUGCGCAUUCGGAGCAACCGAAGUUUGAUACCUAUACUCGGGUGAAGGGCCAUAUAAUUGUUUGGAGCAGCGCAUUUAUUUUCCUGAGUCUUUUGAGGGAAUUUCUUGUGGGCACUGCGGGCGGAAUGUGGGCAUGGUAUCCGCCGCAAGACUUGAACCCUUUCUGGGUGCGAAGAUACCAUGGUGCUUGGUCGGACAAGGACAAGCCCGAGAAGAGAGAGCAGCCUGAGCAGCAACCCUCGGGACCUCCUCAGGUGAAGCGUGAGAAAGACCGACCAGUGUCGGAGUUCUAUGCCAAGCGACACGUCAGCAAGGUGCGGAAGAAGUACUCUCCGAGAGGCCUUCCGCGUGCUUACGUGCAGUUGACACUGCGCAGCAAUCACGAGAGGUUAUGGUGGCAACUGGCUUGGCACCCGCAUUUGGGCGAGCUGUGGAACUUGUACAAAGUCUCAGAGAUGCUUGCAGGUGUUCUAGCACAGAGACUCCAAGCUGAGGGCAGCCAUCCUGUCGAUGGCGUUGGCGGACGCGACGGAACCGCCGGCGUGUUCGUCUGGAGCCUCCCAGUGAAGCUCCGGGGUCUCCUGGCAGGACACACAGAUGAUUUGAUCGACAGCUACAUCAAGGACCACGGUGACCAGGAGGAUUCUUCAGCAGAGUCUCAGCAUGCCAGUGAGGAACACAGAUCGAGAUCUGACAGCUCGGCACGGCCACAUCUCCGUAGUGGCCAGACACAUGACUCGAAGGUGGUGACGGUAAAGCUGGACUCCGAGCUGCAGGACCAAAAAUGCGCCUGUACAUAUUCUACCCCUGCCCUCGAGUGGAUCCUUUCCUUGCCCUACACUUACACAAUCGCCAGCUGCCUCGAAGGAUGCAGGAGCAUCCGGGAGAUGUUCCAGCCAUUUGGCGAAGCAAGGCGAACAGAGUGUAGGAGCGUAGCAGCUAUGUUCGACUUUGACUUCGAUCUGCUCGAGGAGCACCAGCAGCCCGACGAGAGCAAAUUAUGUAGCUAUCAAAUACUCGGGUUGGACGGUAGUGAAUACAACGUUACCCUGGCAUCCAAAACUAGCGUGCAAGAGGUCAAAGCCUCCCUGGAGACAGAGUAUGGGAUACCGAUUCUGGAGCAACGCAUAUGCUGUUUGAAUGGUCUUCACGAGCUGAGUGAUGAUUCCAGGCUAGCUGCUACAUGCCAGCUGUCCCUGGUGCGAGUGCAAGUGGACUGGCUUUCGCGAUUGAAGAAAAACCCUUUCGACUUGUGCAUUGCGCCCUUGUGCAUUCGGAAUGAUGUCGACAUGGUCCGCCAAGCUGCUGAAAGAGAUAUAUCAGCAGUUGCAUACGCUGCCCAAGAGCUGCGAGCAGAUGCAGACUUCGCUUUGUCCAUGGCCAAGAACAACGGGCAUGCUCUUCGGUAUUUCAGUUCUGAGCUGAGACGCAACAGGGCCAUUGUACUGGCUGCUGUGGAAAAUGCAGGUUCAGCAUUGAGAUACGCCGACGAAGUCCUGCAAGCGGAUGAGGACAUUGUGCUUGCUGCCGUCCGAACGGACGCCAAGGCCCUUAUGCAUGCGUCCCAAGAAUUGGUUAAAGACGGGGAUUUUGCGAAGAGGGUCGUGGCCAACAAUCGCCUGGCAGCGGAGUAUGUCCAAAGCCUCGUGCUGAACAGUAGGAGCCGGGAGUUGCGGCGAAGGCAGGAGGAGGACGACAAACAGCGCUAUGAGCGAGACAUUGAGGAUGCAAAGAUUUUCGUCGACAGCGCAUUUCGUCUCUGCCAGCGAGGUGCGAUCUUCCUUGACGCACGAUCCAAUGAAGAGUUCGACAGGAGCCGCAUAUCUGGGGCACUGCCGUUUUCCGAGCAAACAUCUAUGCUUCGGCAUGUGAUCAUGCAGAAGGGUAUGUCUGUAGCAUCUGCAUCGGACGCAGUGAUGCAAUGUCUGCUCAAGUCUCCAGAACAGACAGUCGUUGUCUACAGCGAUAGUGGUUCAGACGACAUCAGCCUGGGAUACAUUAGCCGUUGCGUCCGUGUUGCUCAAGAGCUACGUCGUGCAUGUCGCCUCGAGCCAUCUCUCGGCAGCAGCCACCGCGUGCGUCGGCUUGUUGGCGGGCUGAAUCAAUGGAAACGGGCCGGACUACCAACGGAUGGUGAGCAGCGACCACUGAUCAACAACAGCAUUCUGCUGGAAGGAGGUAUUCAUGCCUGUUUGGGCAUGGACCUUGCAGGAAAACCUCCGUAUGAGAGAAUCGAUCGUGAUGUUGCUCGGCGAUACGAGCUCAUUUCGCGUAUCGGGUGCUAUGGCGUCGUGUUUGAGGUCAUGCUCCGGGAUCCUACCAAGUUCGACAAGUUUGCAAUGAAAAAGGUUCUUUACGCCUUCAACAACUCCACGGAUGCCCAGCGGACGUACAGAGAGGUUUCAUACCUCAUGGAGUUCGGCAGCCACACGAACAUUCUCUAUGUGCAUGAUGUGCUCGUAUCUGCGGAUGACAAGCAUCUCUACAUUGUCACAGACUUGAUGGAGUCUGACCUGUGCAGGGCUAUCAAGUGCAACUGUUUAGGCAUCGUGCACAAGUCCCUCAUCUCGUACCAAGUGCUUCGAGCUCUCAAGUACAUCCACUCGGCGGGAGUCAUGCACCGUGACCUGAAACCCGGGAACAUCUUCCUGGACCGAAACUGCCAGGUUUUGGUGGGAGAUUUUGGGUUGGCCAGGUCCUCGCCCAUUGACCCCACCUCUGGAGAUGGAGUCAUGUUGACGGACUACAUCGGUCCACGCUGGUACCGGAGCCCAGAGCAGCUGCUCGGUGCAAGGUGCUACUUCACAGCAGUGGACAUCUGGGCUUGGGGAUGCGUCGUCGCGGAGAUGCACCUGGGGAAGCCGAUCCUCAAGGGCUCCUCCACGAUCGACAUGAUGCACAACAUCGUCGAGCUUCUGGGCACUCCCUUGGAGGCGGAUGUUGACGCCAUGCAAGCCCAGUAUGCGCACAUGUCGCUUCAGCAGCUGCCCAUUUCUCUGCCGACCCUGGCCUUCGCAGAGAUCAUCCCAGACUGUUCGCAAGUUCUCUGCGAUCUUCUGGAGCUCUGCUUCCAGUGGAAUCCGAUGAAACGGCUGACUGCAGUGGAGGCACUGCGGCAUCCGUUUCUGUCGGCAUUUCACGAUCCGGAUGCAGAGCCUGUGUUCGGCCAUCGGCUUGAACUUACACUGCCAGACGGUCACAAGUUCUCGACGUCGCAGUAUCGCGAUCAGAUGUAUGCAGACAUCAUCGGGCUUGAGAAAUCCAAGCUUCGUGUGGACGAAACCAGAAAAGCUCAAGCUCUCCUGGAGGCCAUGGAAGAGCAAGACAUUCCCUGA